AUGGAGUCUCUCCCAUCACUCUACACUUCUAUGUUUCCCCCCGCGCCGAAAUGGGGGUUCAACGACAUCCCUAGUCUGAAGGGCAAGGUCGUCAUCGUCACCGGCGGUAAUACAGGCAUCGCGGAGGUCAUGUGCCGCGAACUACUCAACCACGACGCAAAACUGUACAUCCUCGCCCGCUCUCUUGGGAAAGCAGACGCAGCGAUCGCGGACCUUGUCAAGAAGACAGGGAAGACGAACGUCAAAGCGAUCCAGUGCGAUCUUGCCGAUCUGAGGAGUGUGAAGCGUGCUGCAGCCGAGUUCCUCUCUAAGGAGAGACAGCUGCAUAUACUGUUCAACUCUGCAGGGGUGAUGUAUGCACCGAUGAGCAUGCUCACAUCCCAAGGCUACGACCUGCAAUUCGGCACCAACGUCCUAGGUCACUUCUACCUCACCCAGCUGCUCCUUCCCGUCCUCCUCUCUACCGCAGCUGCAAACCCUGGCCAGGUCCGUGUGGUCACCACGAGCAGUAGCGCAAACCACGGCGCACCGUCCAAGGGGAUUAUUUAUGAGUACUUGAAGGACGGACCACAGAGGACUAAGAAGGGGGACAGUUAUAUGGAGUACUAUAUGUCCAAAUGGGGCAACGCUGUCUACGCGCAGGAGCUUGGACGGAGAUAUGGCAACCAAGGUCUGUUCAGCUGCGCCCUCGACCCGGGCUGGAUCCGCACAAACUUGUGGCAGUAUCAAGGCAACAUCAGGGGCUUGAUGACCGGGUGGAUGCUAAAUGAUGUCGAACACGGCGCUUUGACUCCUCUGUAUGCCGGCACCGCGCCAGAAGCGGCAAAAUGCCCUAACGGCCAGUUCUUCGUCCCCUGGGCCAGGGCUGGCAGAGCAAGAAAGGACACCGAAUACCCCGAAGCGGGCAAGAAGCUCUGGGAGUACUGUGUUGCCCAAGUGCAGGCGUUCGAGGCUCAGCGCUCAUAG